AUGGCUUCUUCACCUUCACUUCGAUAUCUCAAUUUUAGCAACAACAAUUUCAUUGGUCCAAUUCCAAACUGUUCAGUUUCACUUGAAUCAUUGGAUCUUUCAAACAAUAUGAUUUCGGAGGAAAUUUCAGCGGAAAUUGGACUCUGUUGGAGUCUGAAAACACUUGAUCUUAGUGGCAAUUAUUUGGUUGGGAAAAUCCCAACCUCUAUAUCAAAUAUCAGCAGUUCGCAGUUCUUGACUCUGGCUUCAAACGACUUAAGUGGUCAAAUUCCAAGUGAAAUAGGCCGAUUGAAGAGCUUGAAUUGGAUUUACAUUGACCGUAAUCAUUUUUCCGGAAAAAUCCCAGAAGAAGUAGGCAACUUAGUUUCUCUUAAUCACCUUGAUCUUGCGUGGAACAAUCUCAGUGGUCAAAUCCCAUCCUCACUUGGGAACCUGCGACCUUCAUUACCUCUACCUGUGGGGAAACAAGCUUACAGCGAAAAUCAUCUAUCUGGGGAGUUCCCACAACUCAUAAUUGAGUUGCAGAACUUGAAGCUUCUUCAGCUUAUGCUCAACAGCUUCACUGAUAAAAUUCCAAACGCUGUAGCAUCUUUGCCUCGUCUUCAAGUCCUUCAACUUUGGUCCAACCAACUAUCUGUUGAAAUCCCAAAUUAUCUUGGAACACAAAGUGAUCUCAUGAUUUUAGACCUUUCAAUGAACAACGUGAGUGGAAAAAUACCCGAUGAACUUUGCCAUUCAGGCCAUCUAGUUACACUGGGUCUUUUCUCAAAUUCUCUUCAAGGGCAAAUGCCGAUGAGUCUAAAUACUUGCAAGAGUUUAGAGGAUAUUCACCUUUGGCAGAACCGUUUAGGAAACGAUGAAGGAAUUGUAGAAUUGGACAUGUUUUUAAACCUUCCAAAUCUUAGAUUCCUUGAUCUUUCAUAUAAUGGUGUAUCAAUUCCCAAGUGGAUGCUGAACAAAGGGCUGGAUACUUUGAGCUAUUUGAAUCUUUCUCACGACUUCCAAACACACAUAGAGCGACUUCCGUGGAAAAAUAUGAAAACACUGGAUCUUCAUUCAAACUUCAUUCAGGGUGCUCUCCCACUUCCACCCUUAACUGUCUCAUUCUUUUCCAUUUCAAACAACAGUCUGAUUGGAGAGCUUUCUUCUUUGAUUUGUAAUCGAACUUCCGUUGAAAUUCUCGACUUGUCUUAUAACAACUUGAAUGGAACAAUUCCACCAUGUUUGGGGAACUUCAGCAAACGUUUGUCAGUGUUGGAUCUACGAAUGAAUCGGUUUCAAGGAACCAUCCCUGACACAUUUGAUAAGAAAUGCGGGUUGAACAAUAUUAACUUCAAUGGCAAUGAAUUGGAAGGGUCAAUACCAUCAUCUCUGGUUCAUUGUAGAAACAUGCAAGUGUUGGAUCUUGGUAACAACAAGAUUAAAGAUACAUUCCCUCGCUGGCUAGAAACACUGCCUGAAUUGCAAGUUCUUGUUUUGCGGUCCAACAAAUUGCACUGUUUCUUACCAAGUCCUACGACAAAUCAUUCUUUACCCGAGUUAAGAACUUUAGACUUUGCUAACAAUGACUUGGCCGGGCCUUUACCAAAAGGGUACGUUGAGAACAUGAAGGGCAUGUGGAAUCUCGAUGAACAAGGAACUUCUUCAUAUAUGGGAACAAGAAAUUUCUCUUACCAUUAUUCUGUGAGUUUGACCAUCAAAGGAUUUGAGAUUAAACUUGAGAAAAUCUUGACAAUAUUCGCAAGUAUUGAUCUCUGA